CACCUUCGGGAUACGGGAGAGGCGAUCUAGGAGACAUCCAGAGGCGAGGGCUGCUCGCUGUGCCCACAGCAUGGUGUAUGAUGUCCGACCGGAGGACGAAAUUCUCGGAUUCGCAGCGGUCAUUCGCGAAGGCGCUGAUGAACCCUUGGAGGUAUACGGAUACGCUUACAGCCCAUGGAGGAGCGGCCUGUACCGUGUACUGUGCGCACUCACUCUCGGUCUGUUACCCCUCGUGACCAGCUGGAAGCAGGAGUGGUACGUUCAGAUCACCUGCACACCCUGCCAGCUUUCACACGCUACCGUUCUAGUCGUCAAGGAUUCCCAUUCCCGCCUCACGAUCUCGGAAGUCAAAACGCAUCCCCUUAUCAACCGAAGGAUGUCGUUCAGCAGCAGCUAUCAGCGGCGAAAACGUACUUUCGCCAGCGAAGUGGAUAUUCAUCUAAGGUACUUCAUACAUCAGCACCUUCGCUACGUCUGGAAUCCGCAAGAGUCAAGGUUCGCGCGAUUAAGUGGAUUGGACAGGGGAUUGAAGUGCGUUGACCUACUUGAACGUUUCCAAGGCUAUUCGAAAGAGGAAGAAGAAGAACAGUCUGUGUUGUACGGAAGAAAUUCAAUGGAGCUGGAAGUAAAAUCUGUCGCAGCGCUUCUCCUGGAAAAGGUCCUCCAUCCGUUUUACGUCUUCCAAAUUGUCAGCAUCAUCGUGUGGUUACUAGACCUCUACUACUUCUACGCGGGCUGCAUAAUCGCCUUCUCGGUGACUUCCAUCACUCUUGCACUUCACGAAGCCAGAAAGCAAAUGUUGCAUCUGGGCUCACUGGUUUCCCGUACGAAUGAAGGGACUGCACUAGUAGUGCGCGCGAACAACGAAGUGGAUGAAGUUUCUUCGACCUGUCUGGUACCUGGCGACAUAAUCUGCCUGCCAACGUCGGGGUGCCUCAUGACGUGCGAUGCAGUUCUUACCGCUGGAAACUGUCUCGUCAACGAGAGCUUACUUACAGGCGAGAGCGUGCCCGUGGUUAAGACGCCAUUGCUGCCAAUCAACGAGGAAUUCUCCGCUGAGCACCACCGACGCCACGUGCUCUUCAGGGGAACGCAAGUGUUGCAGACGCGUUACUACGGCAACAGCCGUGUCACCGCUCUUGUGGUGCGAACAGGCUUCUCCACAGCCAAGGGAUCGCUGGUGCGGUCCAUCCUGUUCGCCCAGCCAGCUCCGUUCCGUUUCUACAGAGACGCUAUCCUGUUCGUGGUGCUGCUGUUCGCCGUGGCCAGCAUCGGCAUGGCAUAUACUCUCUACCUCUACAUCAUCAGGCAGGUGAGCUUGCGAGAGACUGUGCUUCGUGCCCUGGACAUCGUCACCAUCGCUGUGCCACCUGCGCUACCGGCGGCCAUGACGGUGGCAUCGGUGUAUGCCCAGAAGCGGCUACGGCGCGCCUCAAUCUACUGUGUCAGCCCACACAGGAUCAACAUUGCCGGAAAUGUCGACGUCGUCUGCUUCGACAAGACAGGAACCCUUACAGAUGAAGGACUGGACCUUUGGGGCAUCGUAGCGGCCAAGCAAAAAACGUUUCUGGCACCCAUUGGAGAGCCAUGCGAGAUGCCCGUGCGCAGCCCCAUGGUAAUUGCCAUGGCCACCUGCCAUACGCUGACCUCCGUGGACGGAGAGUUAGUUGGAGAUCCGCUGGACCUCACCAUGUUUCGCUCAACUCGCUGGGUAAUGGAAGAACCCGCAACAGACGGGAUUCAGUAUGACGUCCUCACCCCGACCAUCAUUAAGCCUCGUCUGGACACGGAGAAGACAAACAUGCAGGAGGGACUCUUCCAGCUUCCCCAGGCGGAUCCUUCCUACGAGGUGCCGUUCGAAGUGGGCAUCAUCCGGCAGUUCCCCUUCUCGUCCUCCCUGCAGCGCAUGAGCGUCGUCUGUCGUACGUUGGGCAGCCGCCACAUGGAGCUGUACGCCAAGGGUGCCCCCGAGGUCAUCCAAGCGCUCUGCGUCCCCGAAACAGUGCCGGCGGAAUACUUUGAAGUGCUUCGUGGCUACACGCUGGAGGGGUUCCGAGUCGUUGCUGUGGCCUACAGACGCCUGGAGAAGAUGACGUGGCACCACGUUCAGAGAGUAGACAGGUUGCUGGUGGAGAAUGACUUAACGUUCCUCGGUUUUCUCAUCAUGCAAAACAUGUUGAAGCCGGAAGCAACACCCGUGAUCGGCACACUUCAUGGUGCUCGCAUCAGGUGCCUUAUGGUGACAGGAGACCACCUGAUGACAGCUCUGAGCGUGGCACGCGAUUGCGAAAUGGUUUUCGGUUUGGCCCGGGUCACAAUCCUCACCGCCAGUGCCGACCGCCAGUGUUCAACCGCCGCUGUAGACUUCAACGAGGUAUUCUCAGACAGCAACAAACAUUUUAAGAGCCCUGCUGCUGCGUACGGACGGACGGAAGCGGUGCAGUUUGCAGUGGAUGGCCACUCGUUUUCAGUAUUACGUUCACACUUCCCUGAUGUUUACGAGAAGCUUCUUGUAAAUGGAGUUGUCUUUGCCAGGAUGACACCCCAGCAGAAAGUCGAGCUGGUGGAAGACCUCCAAUCUAUUGGAUAUGCGGUCGCAAUGUGCGGUGACGGUGCCAAUGACUGCGGCGCUCUGAAGGCGGCAGAUGUGGGCAUCUCCUUGUCGGAAGCCGAGGCCUCCGUUGCGGCUCCUUUCACCUCAAGGCUUCCCAGCGUGGCUUGUGUGCCGACUCUCAUCAGGGAAGGCAGGUGUGCUCUGGCUACGUCUUUCUCCAUGUUCCAGUUCAUUUCUCUGUACAGCGUCAUUCAAUUCCUCUCCGUCAUACUCCUCUACAAUGUGCAAACAAAUUUUUCAGACCCCAUGUUUCUCUACGUCGACUUAUUUGUGAUCACUUCUCUUGCUAUUACAAUGAGCUACGCGGAGCCAUGCGCCGACCUGAGCGUGGCAAGACCCUCGCGGAGCCUGCUGACUGCGGCAAACCUGUCCUCGCUGCUUCUCCAGUUGCUUCUAGUCGUUUUAGGCCAGGUGGGCGUCCUGCAGCUGCUGCAGAGCCAGAGUUGGUACGAGUACCCGUCUCAUGACCCUGAGGAAGACGUCUACGACUACUGGGACGUUGCUACGUUGUUCUUCCUCACGUGCUACCAGUACGUUGUAACCGCUCUUGUCUUCACCAGAGGGCCCCCAUUCCAGAAGCCAUUCUGGACGAACUACUGGUUUCUAGGAAACCUGCUCGUAAUCUUCACGGUAACGACAAUCCUGCUUUUCCAGACCUGUCCAGUGAUCGUGGACUUUUUUGAGUUGGUGGAGUGGCAGCCCCAUGACAAGCUUCGCCUGCGCCUCUCGAUCCUCCUCGUGUCCUUGGUUCACUGGGCUCUGGCACAUCUCGUGCAAAUGUACAUCGUGAAGAGCACAGUUCUCAAGAACCUCUACACCCGCCUCUUUCCCGAAAGCGCACUCAAGACUCGCUACGAACAGGUAGAAGAGAUGGUGAGAGAAGAACCAGACUGGCUUCUGUCGAACGCAACGAUGGUCACACAGAUGACAAAUUUUGACAUAUUCUAGGCUGAACCACGAGUAAAGCCUGCGUGCAACGAAGUGCAUUGCCUAACACCUCACAGUAAGAUAAUUAUAAUGUGGCACCCUUGGGCAGCCGAGGAGAGACAUUCCAUCCAACGUGACAGAAGAAUGAAGCUGCGUUUGCUGUGAAGAUCAGCCAUGCAUAGUGACGUGGCAGCGUUCAUUGAAACCUAAGCUGACAUUUUUUUUUCUUUUUUAAUGUUCACGCCCUCUCGACGAGUACUCGUUGCAAGACAUUGCGCUCAUAUCAAUCAGGAUUGCUUCAUGACGAAGCAAUGCCACCACAUCCUACAUUCCUGAACCAUGAGUGUCAGCAAUGAAGUAAACAUGUCAUUGCAAAGAACUCCACCGAAGUGUAGUUUCGGGCCCUCGAAAAAAAUAAACUGAUUUUCAAGACUCCUUGCGUGCAGCUUGUGUAUGAGA